AAUAAUUAAUAAUUUAUUAUUGAUUUAUUGUUUCUUUCUACCUGUUGGCUGUUACAUACCUAUUUAAAUAUAAAUAUUAGGCUGUGUUUUAAUUUAUAAUCAUAAAUGAGUUCAAUAUUGUGCUUUAUGUAAUCAGUACUCAAAAUUUUUAAACUUUUAAACCUAUAAUAGGAAACAAUGCAACCCUUAUUAAAUGCAAAAAGUGAUAUUCAAAUUGAUUUAUCUCAAGUUAGAAUAGAUAUAUUAAAUGAAAUACGUGAAUGUAAUGAUCGUGGAUUAACGCAAACUGCGAAAUGGCUGGCAGAAUUAAACUAUGCACUCAAGGAUCAUAAAAUACAAUACACUGAUCCACCCAAUCCCUAUGAGAAUAUUUCUAAAGAAGAUAGGGAAGCAUAUACAUUAGCUAAGACUUACUUUGAUUGUCAGGAAUAUGACAGAGCAGCACACUUCUUAGAAAAUUGCACCAGUCCCAAAUGUGUGUUUCUUUUAAGAUAUUCUCAGUAUUUGUCCAGUGAGAAAAAGAGAUUGGACAAUGCCACUGAUAUAGGAACAGAAAAUCCGGAAUCUACACAAGUCUUACUAGACUUGUUAUCAUUUUUUAAGGCUAAUCGUAAUAAAAAUGAUGGGUACCUAUUGUACUUAGAGGGUGUUGUUUUAAAGAAGCUAGAAUUAAGAAGUCAAGCGGUCACUAUAUUGCAAACAGCCAUAGCUGUGACACCCACUCUCUGGUGUGCAUGGGUUGAGUUAGCCGGAUUAGCAAAUGAAUAUGAAGCAUUGGAUUCCCUGCAAUUACCAAAACAUUGGAUGAUGUAUUUCUUUGCCGCCCAUGCGUUUGUAGAGCUAAAGCUGUCAGAGCAAGCGCUGGAAGCUUACAUGGCUCUGACGGCUGCAGGAUUUGACAAAAGCACAUAUAUAUCUGCACAAAUGGCAAUAGCGCACCAUGAUAGAAGAGAUGUAGAUUCAGCAUUGGCUUUAUUUAGAGAUCUAUAUCAGAAUGACCCCUAUAGAUUAGACAAUUGGGAUGUGUACUCACAUUUAUUGUACUUAAAGGAAAAGAGAAUGGAGUUGGCAAACUUAGCACAAAAGGCUGUGUCUAUUGACAAAUACAGGGUUGAAACAUGUUGUGUGAUUGGGAAUUAUUAUAGUUUAAGGAGUGAACAUCAGAAAGCUGUUAUAUAUUUUCAAAGGGCAUUAUCUCUGGACCCUCAGUACUUAUCAGCGUGGAUUCUCAUGGGACAUGAAUUCAUUGAGCUACAGAACUCUAAUGCAGCUAUACAGUGCUAUAGACAGGCAAUAGAUGUAAACAGAAAUGACUAUAGAGCAUGGAAUGGACUCGGCCAAGCAUAUGAAAUAUUGGGUUUGAAUGGUUACUGCAUAUAUUACUAUUCAAGAGCAGCACAACUCAAGCCAGAUGAUUCCAGGAUGUUGGUAUCACUGGGAGAGGCUUAUGAGAAGAUGGACAAAAUACCAAAUGCUUUGAAAUGUUACUAUAAAGCUCACAGCACUGGUGACAUUGAAGGGAUGGCGCUGUUCAAAUUAGCCAAGUUAUACGAAAAGUCGAACAUGCCGAACAGCGCAGCAGCCGCGUACACGGCGGCAUGCCAGGAUCCAGCUAACGCGGGUAGUAAGGAGCUGCCGGCCGCGCAGAGGUACUUGGCGCAAUACUACUUGCGAUUCUCGUUGCUGGACCACGCCUCGCACUAUGCGUACAAAUGCUUGGAACAUGAGAGUACCAAAGAAGCUGGUAAAAACAUAUUGAAAACAAUAUCAGAAAAGCGAUUAGGCGCAUCAUCAUCAGAACCUGCCAAUUUACCAGAAGAUCUGCCAGAAGCUAUAAAACUAGCUUCCACUUCAAUUACUCAAGAUUCAAAGAUUAUACCUAGCCCGAAUAUCACACCUGAAAACUUUUCAACGCCCACAUUUAAUAGGAAAAGUAAUAAAUUUAAAAUGUGACCAAUCAAUUGGAAGUUAAAUUGACUCAUGUUACAUUUAAGGUUUAAUAAACACUGUUAUAUGUGUCUUC